AUGCGUGAUUUAAGCUUGUCAUUGUCUUGUAGUGAAGCUGGAACUUUGAAAUCCAUGUGGUUCUCAGGAACGACAAGUCAAGGCAAAACUAGCUCGCCCACGUUUCCGCUGCCCGUCGACCUCGCUUACGCUGCUCGUUUCUCAACAUUCCCCUGCCCGUCGCCCUUGCUUCCCCUCGUCGCCCUUGCUUCCCCCCGUCGCCCUUGCUUCCCCCCGUCGCCCUUGCUUCCCCCCGUCGCCCUCGCUUCCCCCCGUCGCCCUCGCUUCCCCCCGUCGCCCUCGCUUCCCCCCGUCGCCCUUGCUUCCCCCCGUCGCCCUUGCUUCCCCCCGUCGCCCUUGCUUCCACUCCCAUCUCCCUCUGCAUCUCGCACCCUUGUCACCCUCCCGUUUCUUCCCCUACUUACUCCCUCCUCCCACCUCUCACCGCCCUCCUUCCCCCCCUUCCUUCCCCGCAUCCUCUGCCAUUCUUCGUCCCACAAUCUGCGCCUCUUCCCCCUAUCCUCUGCCCCUCUUCCCCCCAUCCUCUGCCCUGCUUCCCCCUAUCCUCUGCCCUGCUUCCCCCCAUCCUCUGCCCUGCUUCCCCCCAUCCUCUGCCCUGCUUUCCCCCGCCCUCUGCCCUGCUUUCCCCCGCCCUCUGCCCUGCUUCCCCCCGCCCUCUGCCCUGCUUCCCCCCGCCCUCUGCCCUGCUUCCCCCCGCCCUCUGCCCUGCUUCCCCCCGCCCUCUGCCCUGCUUCCCCCCGCCAUCUGCCCUGCUUCCCCCCGCCCUCUGCCCUGCUUCCCCCCGCCCUCUGCCCUGCUUCCCCCCGCCCUCUGCCCUGCUUCCCCCCGCCCUCUGCCCUGCUUCCCCCCGCCCUCUGCCCUGCUUCCCCCCGCCCUCUGCCCUGCUUCCCCCCGCCCUCUGCCCUGCUUCCCCCCGCCCUCUGCCCUGCUUCCCCCCGCCCUCUGCCCUGCUUCCCCCCGCCCUCUGCCCUGCUUCCCCCCGCCCUCUGCCCUGCUUCCCCCCGCCCUCUGCCCUGCUUCCCCCCGCCCUCUGCCCUGCUUCCCCCCUCCCUCUGCCCUGCUUCCCCCCGCCCUCUGCCCUGCUUCCCCCCGCCCUCUGCCCUGCUUCCCCCCUCCCUCUGCCCUGCUUCCCCCCCGCCCUCUGCCCUGCUUCCCCCCUCCCUCUCCCCUGCUUCCCCCCGCCCUCUGCCCUGCUUCCCCCCGCCCUCUGCCCUGCUUCCCCCCUUCCCUCUGCCCUGCUUCCCCCCGCCCUCUGCCCUGCUUCCCCCCGCCCUCUGCCCUGCUUCCCCCCGCCCUCUGCCCUGCUUCCCCCCGCCCUCUGCCCUGCUUCCUCCCGCCCUCUGCCCUGCUUCCCCCCGCCCUCUGCCCUGCUUCCCCCCGCCCUCUGCCCUGCUUCCCCCCGCCCUCUGCCCUGCUUCCCCCCGCCCUCUGCCCUGCUUCCCCCCGCCCUCUGCCCUGCUUCCCCCUGCCCCCUGCCCUGCUCCCACCAUCCGGCCUCUUCCUCCUUCCCUCCCUCCCUCCUUCCCUACGCCCCCAUGA